UACAUUCGAGAACACAAUCUUACGCUUCUUGAUAUACUCACUACAUUCACAGAGUGUAGGCCUUCGCUGGCCCAGCUUCUGGAGAUGCUACCAAGGCUUCGUCCUCGUUCUUACUCACUGAUCAACAUGCCUGACGACUUUUUAGUUCCAGAUAAUAGAUCCGAUUCGUUUUCCAACAUGAAAAUAGACCGUCGAUUGCAGCAGUUGAGUAUUGUGUUCACGCGCGUUGAUUUUCCGCCAAUCCCGUCUGUUCCCCUCGAAACCUUGGCACUAACUUCCACAAUCACUGGUCUGGAGUGUUUCUCUUUCCGGCGCUAUCCCUACCGCCGGCACGGUGUCUGCACCAGCUGGCUAGAGCGCAUCUGGCGUACUUAUAACCUCUCUAAGACUCUAGAUACCGUCCAGAAGCCCCCAGUUUUCAUUUAUUUACGCAAGAACUUGAAUAACUUUCGGCUACCUGACCUAGUGACUCCCGGAGCUCCGCAAACCGGCUUGGCGCCACCGCUGGUCCUGGUGGGGCCCGGUUCGGGAAUUGCGCCAUUCAUUGGCUUUCUACGUCAGUAUACAAAGUAUUUUGCCAUCACAGACUAUAUAACUUCUUUCUAA